GUUUUGGGGGGGUGCGUUGCCCGGAGACGGAAAGUUUGGGAGCCUGAGCCGGCUCGGCUGCGGCCCCGGGAGGGGGUCCAGGGGGCGGUGGCCCUGGGGAUGGGGAAGGAGCAGGAGCUGCUGGAGGCGGCCCGCACCGGGCACCUCCCGGCCGUGGAGAAGCUGCUGUCCGGGAAGCGGCUCUCCUCUGGCUUCGGGGGCGGCGGCGGCGGCGGCGGCGGCGGCUCCGGAGGCGGCGGCGGCGGCCUCGGCUCUUCGAGCCAUCCCCUCUCCAGCCUGCUCAGCAUCUGGAGAGGGCCCAACGUGAACUGUGUAGACAGUACGGGGUACACCCCUCUGCACCACGCUGCUCUGAAUGGCCACAGGGACGUGGUCGAGCUUCUGCUGAGGAACGACGCGCUGACCAAUGUGGCUGAUUCCAAAGGCUGUUACCCUCUGCACUUGGCAGCCUGGAAAGGAGAUGCCCAGAUCGUGCGGUUGCUCAUCCAUCAGGGGCCCUCUCACACCAGAGUCAAUGAGCAGAAUGCUCUUGAGAUCAAAGAACUCAAAAAGCACGGCCCCUUUGACCCUUAUAUCAAUGCCAAGAACAAUGACAACGAGACGGCCCUGCAUUGCGCAGCGCAGUACGGCCACACGGAGGUGGUCAAGGUCCUCCUGGAGGAGCUCACAGACCCCACGAUGCGCAACAACAAGUUCGAGACGCCCCUGGACCUGGCUGCGCUCUACGGGCGGCUGGAGGUGGUGAAGAUGCUCCUCAACGCGCACCCCAACCUCCUGAGCUGCAACACUAAGAAGCACACCCCCCUGCACCUGGCGGCCAGGAACGGCCACCGGGCCGUGGUGCAGGUGCUCCUGGACGCGGGCAUGGACAGCAACUCCCAGACGGAGAAGGGCAGUGCUUUGCAUGAGGCCGCUUUGUUUGGCAAGACCGAUGUGGUGCACAUCCUGCUGGCCGCAGGAAUUGAUGUCAACAUAAAAGAUCACCGAGGACUGACCGCCCUGGACACUGUCCGGGAACUGCCUUCUCAGAAGAGCCAGCAGAUAGCAGCGCUCAUUGAAGAUCACAUGACUGGAAAAAGAAGUGUAAAAGAGGUAGAGAAAACUCCCACACCCCAGCCACCUCUCAUCUCCAAUGUGGACUCCAUAUCCCAGAAGUCUCAGGGUGACGUGGAGAAAGCGGUGACUGAGCUGACCAUCGGUUUUGACACAAGCACGGAAGAGGAAGGCCCCUACGAGGCGCUGUACAACGCCGUCUCCUGCCACUCGUUGGACAGCACGGCCAGUGGGCGGUCGUCCGACCGGGACUCCGGGAACAAGGAGGCCGAGGCCGCGGGAGUGAAGGCUGCUGGAGUGAGGCCUAGGGAACGGCCACCGCCUCCAGCAAAGCCCCCGCCGGACGACGAGGAGGAAGACCCCACGGACAAGAAGCAUUUCCCCCCGCCGGCUUCUGAGGUCUUGGCCGUGCGAGCCCGGGCUCAGGAGAGCACAGCCAGGGAGGAGGAGGAGGAGCAUCCGUAUGAGCUGCUGCUAACGGCGGAAACGAAGAAGCUGCCAGCAGUGGACGGAAAAACAAAAGACCACAGGCGGAGCAGCAGCGGCCAGAGCCAGGACUCCGCGGAGGGGCAGGACGGGCAGGUCCCUGAGCAGUUCUCCGGGCUCCUCCACGGCUCCUCCCCGGUGUACGAGGUGGGGCAGGACGCUUUCCAGCUGCUCUCUGCCACCAGCCAGAGCCUUCCAGAAGGGUCCCCCGCGCAGGGCACCUGCCACGAGGCCGGCAUGCAGCUGGAGGAGGCGGGCGUGCACGCUCCCGGAGGCUCCCCGCCUGGCGGCCUGGACCGGAGUCAGAGAGGGGGCUACCCAGCGGGCCUGCCCACCUCCAACAGCCUCCCGCACCCCGAAACUCUGACUCACACAGCAUCUCCACACCCCGGUGGUGCCGAGGAGGGAGACCAGAGCGGGGCCAGAAGCCGAGUCCUUCCCACCAGCAAACCCAAAGCCGAACUCAAGCUCAGCCGCAGCUUGUCCAAGUCCGACUCCGACCUCCUGACCUGCUCGCCCACGGAGGACGCUGCGAUGGGGAGCCGGAGCGAGUCCCUGUCCAACUGCAGCGUCGGGAAGAAGAGGCUGGAGAAGUCGCCCUCCUUCGCCUCGGAGUGGGAUGAGAUCGAGAAAAUCAUGAGCUCUAUUGGAGAAGGGAUUGACUUUUCCCAGGAGCAGCAGAGGAUCUCAGGUUCGCGGGCGCUGGAGCAGAGCGUCGGGGCGUGGCUGGCGGCGCUGGGCCUGCAGCAGUACGAGAGCAGGCUGCUUCUGAACGGCUUUGACGAUGUCCGCUUCCUGGGGUCUAACGUGAUGGAGGAGCAGGACCUGCGGGAGAUCGGCAUCAGUGACCCGCAGCACCGCCGGAAGCUGCUCCAGGCCGCACGGGCCCUGCCCAAGGUGAAGGCCCUGGGCUGCGAGGGGAGCAGCCCCCCGUCGGUGCCCUCCUGGCUGGACUCCCUGGGGCUGCAGGACUACGUCCACUCCUUCCUGUCCAGCGGCUACAGCUCCAUCGACUCCGUGAGGAACCUCUGGGAGCUGGAGCUGGUGAACGUCCUAAAGGUUCACCUGCUCGGCCAUCGAAAGCGCAUCAUCGCCUCCCUCGCCGACAGGCCCUACGAGGAGCCGCCCCAGAAGCCCCCGAGGUUCUCCCAGCUGAGAUGCCAAGACCUGCUCUCCCAGACGUCGUCCCCGCUGAGCCAGAACGACUCGUGCACCGCCCGGUCCGCUGACCUGCUGCUGCCUCCUGGGGACGCGGGCAGAAGGCGGCCGGACAGUCUCCCUGACCCCGCGGCACCCUCUCGGGCGGAGCGCUUCAGAAUCCAGGAGGAGCACCGAGAAGCCAGGCUGACCCUCCGGCCGCCCAGCCUGGCCGCCCCCUACGCCCCAGUGCAGAGCUGGCAGCACCGGCCCGAAAAGCUCAUCUUCGAGUCCUGCGGUUAUGAAGCCAGUUACCUGGGCUCCAUGUUGAUCAAAGACCUUCGAGGGACAGAAUCCACCCAGGACGCCUGUGCCAAGAUGCGGAAAUCCACCGAGCACAUGAGGAAGGUCCCCACCAUCACCCUGUCCAUCACCUACAAAGGCGUCAAGUUCAUCGACACCUCCAACAAGAAGGUCAUCGCGGAGCACGAGGUCCGGAACAUCUCCUGCGCGGCCCAGGACCCCGAGGACCUGUGCACCUUCGCCUACAUCACCAAGGACCUGCACACGGGCCACCACUACUGCCACGUCUUCAGCACGGUGGACGUGACCCUGACCUACGAGAUUAUCCUGACGCUGGGACAGGCGUUCGAGGUGGCCUACCAGCUGGCCCUGCAGGCCCAGAGGGUCCGGCCCGUGGGCGCCUCUGCUGCCGAGCCCAUCGAGACGAAAUCUUCCAAACCGGUGCCGAAGCCUCGCGUGGGCGUGAGGAAGUCGGCAGUGCCGCUGCCCCCCGACACCCGCUGUUGUUACUGUCACACCUGCACCACCCACCGCCCUUCUGACCUGCCGCUGCCGUCUGUCAGUCCUGGAGUCAAGCUGGAACCGCCCGACGUGGAGCCAGAUGCCCAGUCCCAUGCCAGCGUCUCCUGGGUCGUGGACCCCAAACCAGACUCUAAGCGGAGCCUCAGCACCAACUGAGCCACUGAGGAACCAGCUGUGCUGCGGACACAGGUGUGGGAGCUCAGGCUUCUGCCACCGCCACCUGCACCUCCACCACCACCGUCUCGCCUGCAGCUUCGAAGCCCCAGGCCCGGCCUCCUCCUGGCUGCCUGCCCGCCUGCCGCCGCCUCCUGCCCUGGCUCGGAGCCCUGCGGGCCUCUAUCCCAGGAGACUGGAGCCCAGAGCGUCAAGAUGUGACUUGUCCAGAACACAUGUUUUAAUAGAAAAAAAUUUUUAUAAAAUGAACUUUUAACACUUG